AUGUUCCUGAAAGGGCUUUCUACGACCCGGUUCCACCAAGGGUUCCAACGGCGGAAGCAGUCGAAUAUCAGGCAGGAUGAGUCCAGACUGCAAAGAGAGGCCUUGAAGCAGCACAUGAGUGUGCUCCACCUCGAAAGACGGCGGCAGAGACUUGGCAGUCUCGACAAGCGUAAUGGUUUUAACCUCAUAACGGGACAGUUCGACGCCAAUCGUCGAUGCACGACACCGUUCCAUGUGCAGCCUAGGACGAGGGAGACGGGGUCGUUGUCCGAAGUAGCGGAGCGCGCGGAAUACCUUCUCCUCCGUGAUUCGGAGUACAAAUUUCACGCACCUGCCUGGAGCGGCAAGAACCACGACGAGCGCCAGGAUCUCCUGCAGCGAGAGGGCCUCAACAAGCCCAAAAAGUCCACCCUCCUCGGGGUAGGAACUGCCGAUCUCGCGUCGGCAGGUGCCAACGACAUGUUUUCGAAAUCGAUAUACGACCCCGCUAAGACGUGCGCCGUCGAGGGUCUAGUGGAAACGUGCUUCCCAGGGCGCUACACGCCGCGCAAGGUGACCUCGGCUCGACGGGCGGCGGCCGCAUCACGCGACGAUACUCCUCCGCUAAGGCAGGGACAAGAAAAAAGUGGUCAACGGUCGUGCUCGUCGCCAGGUGCCUUGGACACCGUGUUUCGAGUCGUCCCGAACGGGCUCGGAAACCACAGCACCGUUGGGGGUCGAGGUGGGGCGACUGUUGCCGGGAUCGCACCCUGCAAACGGCUCUGCGGGUCGCGCAGCACCCCGACCAUACGGAGCCCGGAGAACAAGGCGGAAGUGGGCACAGGCACACCACUCCGUAAGUCUUCCCCCAUGCGAUCGCCAAGUCCGGGAGGUGGUAGCAGAAGGCACACGGGUAGUGGGGGAGAAGGUGGCCGGGGUGCUGGGUCGGUUUUUGCAGAGAGGCUUCUCUCCGCUACAAGCGGAAGCGCGAGGAGGGGGAGCCGCGGACUGACUCGUUCGCAUUCGGACUUUGGAGGGAGCAGCGGCAGGGGGCAGACUCAAGGGGUAGCAAGAGCCACGACAGCAGGAACGGAGGGCUUCGUGAAAAAAACGGCUUCUCCUGAAGAUUGUACGCGACGGUCCCCGGGUGAGGGCGGGCCGGGGUCAGCGCGCUUGUCAAGAGGACAGAGCCCGGCGGAGCGGAGAAGCAACGACCAGCUGACCUUGGACUUGGCUACCAUCCGAUCCCUGUAG